ACCCAUUGCCAUGAUGGCCGAUAUAGAGGGAAUGUUUCAUCAGGUCAGAGUACCACCCGAAGAUGUCGACUUCCUUCGUUUCCUUUGGUGGCCUGAUGGUGAUGUAACCAAAUCACUGGCGGAAUACAGAAUGACCGUUCACCUGUUUGGUUCGGUCUCAUCUCCUAGUUGUGCAAGCUAUGCCCUGAAGAAAACAGCGGAGGAUAACCUGGGCAAGUACAAUAUAAAGGCUCUCGAUACCAUUAGGGAAAACUUUUACGUGGAUGAUUGUUUAACAUCAGUUCCCAACGAGAGUGAAGCCAUAGCCCUGGUCAAAGACCUCAGAGAUAUCUGCUUAGAAGGAGGAUUUAGAUUGACCAAGUGGGUAAGCAACAGCCGUGCUGUCCUGUCCUCACUGCCUGCAGAGGAAAGAGCAAAAGAGGUGAAAGAGUUAGAUCUGGACAGGGAGAACCUACCUGUGGAAAAGGCACUGGGAGUCCAUUGGAAUGUAGAGACUGACACACUCUCAUUCAGAACGGCCACAAAGACUCAGCCAAUCACCCGAAGAGGUAUUCUUUCUGUAGUCUGCUCCGUAUAUGACCCUCUAGGAUUCCUUGCUCCUUUCAUCUUGACGGCAAAGAACAUACUUCAAGGGCUGUGUAAAUCCAACUGCAGCUGGGAUGAAAAGAUACCGGAUGUAUUCGCUAUACAAUGGAAAAGAUGGCUCACAGACCUGAGCCAACUCACUGAUUUCUCUGUUGACAGAUGUAUGAAGCCAAAUGGAUUUGGUAAGAUAAAGUCUGCACAGCUGCAUCAUUUCAGUGACGCCAGUGAGUCAGGGUAUGGUGUUGUCACCUACCUGCGCCAAAUAAACAUCAUCGGUGAAACUCACAUCACAUUCAUCACAGGCAAAGCAAGAGUCUCACCGCUCAAGCAAAUGACCAUCCCAAGACUUGAACUAGCAGCAGCAGUCCUUGCAGUCAGAAUGGAUGUAAUGCUGAGAACAGAACUUCAGAUUGUGCUGGAAGAAUCUGUCUUCUGGACUGACAGCACAUCUGUUCUGCGCUACAUUGCUAAUACAACAAAAAGGUUCCACACGUUUGUGGCAAAUCGAGUCUCCGUGAUCAGAGAAUUGUCAGCAACUCGGCAGUGGAGGUAUGUGAGCUCCAAGCAAAACCCGGCAGAUGAUUCCUCACGGGGCAUGACCGCAGAGACAUUCUUGAAAUCUACAAGAUGGAUUCAGGGCCCAGAAUUUCUUUGGAAGGAUGAAAGUCUUUGGCCAGCACUGCCUAAAGAGCUGAGUCCCAUUCCCUCAGAUGACCCAGAGGUCAAAAAGGAAGUGGUGGUCAAUCACAUUUCAAUGAAGGAGGAAAAAGAUCCUACAAGCAAGUUUUUGGAACACUUCUCAAGGUUUUGGCUCCUGAUUUAAGUGAGAAUAAUUGUUUUGUUAAGCACAGCCACAAUUAGGGGCCGGAAUGUAGGAGCCAAAUAGCCUUUUUUGUUUAUAUUUAAAGAAUAAUCAUUAUAAUUUCAAGACUUCCCAUAUUUUUUGUUAUAGUUCUGAUUUACUGAUUUUGAUUGACAGAUGGCCACUGAUUGGCAAUCUUGGCCACACCCAUGGGAAUGGGGUGUGGUGCAAGUUAACAAAGGGAAGUGAGAAAUGUUUGGGGAGGGAUUGAGUGCUGGCUUUAGUUGAGAGCAAACACAGUUUUCUAACCACCACAUCUCAUCUCAUCGCAUCUAAUCUCCAGUUUAUGUCCUAAACUUCUAUAAUCUUCCAUCUAUCAUCUAUUUUCUCUCUUUCACACACUUGACAUUGUUUGUUCAUAGUGCUGGCCUACAACGUUUUGGUAGGAUUUAUUUGUUUGGUUUAUUAUUUUCAAACAAUGAACAUGAGCAUGGAGCCUGGAUCUACAACAAAGCGAGGCUGUCAGACGGUACCCUUGGAGACGGCCGAGACGGGAGCUCAAGCGGUGCGCAGCUCCGAAUGCGGAACACAGACGGAACCAGAGGAGCCGCUCACGGGCCAGUACCUCCCUGACUGCGGAGACCUCCCGGACCCGCCCGGACUCAUGGACUUCCUGCAGCGAGUUGAGGAGACGGUGGUGAAAGAGCUGGUUAAGAAUGCUCGGAGUCACGCUUUCGACGGUUUCCAAGUGAACUGGGAGGAGAGGCACGACACGGUGUCCUGUGUCCAUCGUCUUCACCACCGUGACGCGCAGGACAGAGGGCUGCAGGCCAGCUGCCUGUCCUGGAGCUGCACUGGCUCGGUCAUCGCCUGUGGCUUCGGCCGGGUGGAUGACGGGGACUGGAGCACGGAGAGGGCGUUCGUCUGCACCUGGAACCUGGAGCGCCGAGGCAUGGACCCUGGACGUCCCGACCUGGUCAUAGACACCGCCUCCCCUGUGAUGUGCCUGGCCUUCCACCCAUCCCAGCCCUCCCGCAUCGCAGGGGGUCUGUACAGCGGGGAGGUGGUGGUUUGGGACACCAGUCGAUCUCAGGACCUCAUUCUGGCCCAGACAGGCAUGUCUGAGGACGCCCAUAGGGACCCUGUCUAUCAGGUGCACUGGGUCCCAGCGGGCCGCAGAGGGGAGUGGGCGGUGCUGAGUGGGGGUUCAGGGGGCAGGGUGAUGCUGUGGAGUGUGGGGGAGGACGGCAGGCUGGCGCUCAGCUCCGGAUACGCUCUGCUCCGCCAGCAGCUGCCCCACAGCGGCACGCUGGGCAAGGUGCGGGGCAGUGGCUGCGUGGGCGUGACGUCCCUGGCGCUCUCUCCCUGGGACCCGGACGUCUUCCUGGUGGGGUCUGAGGGAGGCCUGCUGCUCAAAUGCUCCUUCUCCGCCCGCACGCCGGCUGCCACGGCGACGCGCGUGACCUCAGAGGGAGAGGGCGUGGCCCUGCUUGCCCCCGCCCGUUUCUCCUUCUCCCCUCGCUGUGGGCCGGUGCACACACUGCACUGCUCCCCCUUCCACAGGAACCUGUUCCUCAGCGCAGGGACCGACGGUCUGGCCCACCUGCACAGCCUGCUGCAGCCGGAUCCUCUGCUGUCUCUGCGCGUGUGCGACUCGUACGUGUUCGCCGUGCGCUGGUCUCCCACACGCCCCCUGCUGUUCGCCGCCGCCACUGCACAAGGCACCGUGCAGAUCUUCCAGCUGGACCAGAGGUCCCUGCGCCCUGUCGCCUCCAUUGACCAGGCCACUGGGGGGCGCCCCACCUACUGCCUGGAGUUCAACCCCCAGCAGCCCGGCCUCCUGGCCUCCGGGAGCGCCGACGGCUCCGUGCACGUGUGGCGCCUGAGCGCAGAGCUCACGGAACAGGAGCCCCGCGAGACUGCGCAGCUGGAGCAGCUGGCCAAUGAGCUGGCAGAGUGAGCGGGCGGAUCUGCGCAGCUGGACAAUGAGCUGGCAGAGUGACCAGGUGGAUCUGAACAGCUGGCCAAUGAGCUGGUAGUGUGACCGGGAGGAUGUGUGCAGUGGACCAAUGAGCUGACAGGUCUGACUGCUAGAUUUAGUGACUCAGGUAGCUGCUUCCUCCCUCUCCGAACAACAAUCUCAACCUAAAACUGAUAGGAGUAUGUACACCAAGGAGAGCCGUUGUUACUGUGGUUUAAGGCUGUUGCCAUGGUUUCAGUAUGUAGAGCUAUAUAAAGGGACUGUAUGCCACAUUUCAGCUACAACUGAGUGAAUCUGACAGCUAAAGACACUAAACCAGGGGUGUCAACCUCCAGCCAAUUAAGGCCGAGAAAACAAGGUGUCUGGUCUCUUUAGCCAAUUAAAGACUUUGAAAUGUGUCUCUCGUGCUGAAACACACCAAAAACCAGCAGACACUGCGGCCCUCCAGGACUGGAGUUUGACACCCCUGCACUAAACAAACCACAAACCCCAAACCCCUGAAACCUGCUAAGAUCCAUUUAGGAGCAAGAAACUAUCCGAUGCUCAGACGAAUCUGUACUCCUACCAGUGGCAUAAACAUUUUGUUAAAUUAACAGCAAAUAUUUUUUCAUUUAAACCACCUUUAUUGAUAUGCUAAACAUGUAUUUUUUUUUGUACUGCAAUAAAUAGAAUGAAAACA